AUGAACACUAACAAAGAUCUGAUAGAUCAAGAUGAUGACGAUAUUAAUCCGUUCGAGGAUGAUUCCUUUGUCCCUAAGGUUGUACCAGGUAUGAAACCAUUUGACCCAGAGCAGCUUGAAACCCCGCACAACGAUGAGUUCAACGGCUUGCAGCCUGAUCAUUCUAAUAAGCCUAUACCGGGCUCCACUACGGUCUUCUCAAGACUUUCCCCUUACUUCCAAACAGACGAAACUAUGCUCAAACAAAAGAUCGUUACUGCCUUGAAAUUGGGCGAAUUAAGAACCUUACGCGAUCAAGAAUCAGACUCUAAUAUUCAAUUGGAUUUAUACAGUACAGUAUGGGUUACAGCCACUGUUAUUAUGGUAUUAUUUUUAUCAUACUCGGGUAAGAGUGUUUUUAAGUCAUUGAUUAAGAAUAGCUAUGCGCAUGUUACGGAUUUCCAAGCCAUGAUCAACUGUUUCUUAUUAUUUUACUUCUAUGUCCUUGGUGUUCCCAUGCUAGCGUAUGUUGUAUGCCAGUUUUUCUUCAAAGAAACCUUCGAUGUUAUUACCGCUCUGGAUACCUACGGUAUCAGCAAUGUUGUAUGGGUCCCAAUCGGUUUGAUUAGUGUUCUUUCAGGCUUAGGUGGGUCGCUAGAAAACGUCAUAGAGUGGGUAUUGGUGCUAAUAGGAGGAGCUUACAGUGGAGCAAUUAUAUAUAUACAGUUGAGUAACGUUGUGCUUGACUUGCAAAAUGGCAAGACGUUGUUAUACGGUAUGAUUGGCUUGCAUGUCUUUUUCACCAUAAUGGUUAAAGUGAUUAUUCUUUAA